GCGAUUGUAUUGUUACACCAAACAACUGCCCAAGAAACAAGAGGAAAGGAACUAAUCCAAAAGGUAUGCACAACUGCCCCAAAUAGGAACCUUUGUGUGGAUGUUUUAUCAUCAGACCCUAGCCGAAGCCCCGAUGCAGACCUCAAAGACUUGGCAAUCAUAUCUCUUAGGGUUGCUGCCAAAAACGCAUCUGGCAUGCUUACCGACGCCAAAAGGCUUAUCAAUAAUGCUAACCUUAACCCUGACAUUCAACAAGGUUUAGCUGAUUGCAAGGAGACAAUCUUGGACGCAGAGAGCCAGCUUGAGGACACCAUCGCUGCCUUGUUGGUUGAUUCUAACUCCGACGCUCAAGUUUGGUUGAGGGCUGCUUUAGCCGCAAUCGACACUUGUGACGCCUCC